AUUUGUUUGAUGUAAAUUGAUCAUCUGAAAUAAAAGCAACAUGAUAAAUAAUAUUGACUAAGUUGACCAACUUCAACAAGCAGCACAUGUGAACACAGCUAAUGUUUCAUGAAGAUUCAAAUGAAGGAUUGCAUACUGACAAUGAUGGAAUGCAAUAUAAUAAUCCAACAAUAAUAUUUACAAAUUCCAAGUCAUUUUAUCUAGGCAUCCCACCGCGCAGUCGGUUUAUAGUGAAAGUAUUUUUAACCAAUGUUCUUCAAAUUUAUUUAUCAAUGUUGAUGACUGCAUUAGUGUUUGUUAAAAGUAAAUUUAUCAUAGCUCUUGACAAGCACUCUUGGGUUGGUUUUAUUUUAAGUCUAAUUUCGAUAGGUGCAACAAUUGCAAUUUUCAUUAUUCAGAGAUUUCCACAUUUGAAAUUUCUCACGGAUUUAUUCUAUACACUUUUUACCUUUAGCUUCGCUGGUGUGGUAACCUUUCUUUCAAUCAAUGUGGAAGAAAUAUUUAUAUUCAUCAGUUGGAUGAUGGCCAUCAUUCUAUCAGUGAUAUUGUUUUUAGUUGGAAUAAAAAUAAAACACUCUUUGGUCACUUAUUUAAAUUCGUUUUUGAUUUAUGCCGCUUGUGUAAUGCUUAUUAUUUUUGGACUGGCAUUGGCAUCGAGUUUUAAAGUACAUGGAGUGGAAUGGGCGAUUGGUCCCCUUGUUUUGGCCAUCGUGAUUCCUGCUAGUUUAAUUGAAGCUCAAUUACUAUGUGGAGGCAGAGAAAUAUAUUAUAGAUUUGAAGACUACAUUCUUGCAUCAAUGGUUCAUUUGUUCCUAAUUACUCUCUCAUUUGGAGGAUUUAUUUACUUGUUUAUUAACGUUAAAUUAUAGUAGACAUAAACAGUGUGUAUUUUUAGUGUAACGUUGCCCUUGUAACUGGGUAUUUGAUGAUGGA